GGGGGAGGGGCGCAAUGGAGGAGCCGAGCUUGGCGUGUGGGCUGGGAGAAGAUUGUGGUUCCCAGGGCCGCUGCGGUGGGCUUGGGGCUGCACCUCGCAAUGCGCCAGGCCCGCCGCACACAGGCCUUCGUGUUUCUGCUGCAGCGGCCGGUUAGGGCCGCUUUCCCGCCUCCUGGCGCUCUAACAGUUCUGCCCACAGGUCUCCGCGGCUCACCAUGCCGGUCAGCCUCUUCCGGCGCCUCCUCCUGGCGAUCCUGCUGCUGGUGAUCCUCUGGACCCUCUUUGGACCCUCCGGCUUCGGGGAGGAGCUGCUGAGCCUGUCCCUGGCUUCCCUGCAGCCAGCCCCAGCCUCACCCGGGCCGCCCCUCGCCCUGCCCCGCCUCUUGAUUUCCAACCCCCAGGCCUGCGCUGGCCCCGGACCCCCUCCCUUCCUGCUCAUCCUGGUGUGUACGGCCCCGGAGCACCUGAACCAGAGGAACGCCAUUCGAAGGUCUUGGGGCGCCAUCCGGGAGGUCCGGGGGUUCAGGGUGCAGACGCUCUUCCUCCUGGGAGAACCUACUGGACAGCACCUCGCCGCCGACCUGACCUCGGAGUCGGCAGCGCAGAAGGACAUCUUGCAGGCCUCCUUCCAGGAUUCCUACCGCAACCUCACUCUCAAGACCCUCAGCGGGCUGAACUGGGUGAAUAAAUACUGUCCUAUGGCCCGCUACAUCCUCAAGACAGACGACGACGUGUAUGUCAACGUCCAUGAGCUGGUGUCAGAGCUGAUCCAGAGAGGGGGUCCUUCAGAGCGGUGGCAGAAGGGCAAGGAGCCACAGGAAGAGACCACAGCUGCCCAUGAAGAGCGCAAAGGCCAGGCGGUACCACUUCUGUAUCUAGGCCGAGUGCACUGGAGGGUUCGCCCCACUCGGACCCCAGGGCACCGGCACCACGUGUCAGAAGAACUGUGGCCUGAAACCUGGGGUCCUUUCCCACCUUAUGCCUCGGGCACAGGGUACGUACUGUCCGCCUCUGCUGUGCGGCUCAUUCUGAAGGUGGCCAGCCGGGCACCCCUUCUACCUGUAGAGGAUGUCUUUGUGGGAGUGAGUGCAAGGCGAGGGGGCCUUGCCCCCACACACUGUGUCAAGUUGGCUGGCUCCACUCACUACCCCCUGGACAGGUGCUGUUACGGGAAAUUUCUGCUAACAUCCCACCAGGUGGAUCCCUGGAAAAUGCAGGAAGCCUGGAAGCUGGUGAGCGGACGGGAUGGGAAAAGGACAGAGCCCUUUUGCUCCUGGCUCCAGGGAUUCCUGGGUGUCUUGAGGUGCCGGUUCAUAGCCUGGCUCAACAGCUAAGCAGCUCCUCAGAGACCUGUGCCCAGGCUGCAGCUCCCUCCCUGCGGUGACCCAUCUCCUCACAGCAGACUCUGAAGCCACUACCAGGCCUGUCCUGAGAGCGCCAGAGACAGCAGGGAGGGAUAAAACGCAGGAGGGGUGCCAGGGAGACUGCUGUCACCAGCUGGGACAGGAGCCCAAUAAAACGUCUCCACCCCAAGUGCAGGUCUUCACCUGUCUUCACCAGGACCUCAGCACACCUGCUGUGCUGCACAGAAGUCCAUCUAGGAUGGCCACUUGGGGCUAAGGCAAGGGCUGAGGCAGUAGUAGGUGUGGGGUAGGAUAGG